AUGGGGUGCGCGUGCUCCCAUCCCAGUGCGCUCGACGAUUCUCCGCCUCACAAACCCGCCGCAGAGAAGCCCCCCCCUCCCUCGCAGCAGCAGAGACCGCCAGCCGCCACUCCGCCUCCCGCCGCCGUCCCCGUGGUACCGGAGCCCCCUUCCAUAAAGGAUCCCCCACCCCCCGCCAAACCAGUGGCGCCGCCAACAGUAGCAGCCGCUCCAGCGGCGGUAGCCGCAGCUCCGGCCGCGGCGAAGGGCAGUUCGCGGCAGAGCGGGCAACUGGGGUCGGGGGAGGAGGGAGCGGAGCGGGAGAGACGGAAGGAGCGGGAAAAGGAGAAGGAGAAGGAGAAGGAGAAGGAGAAGGAGCGAGAGCGGGAGCGGGAUCGAGAGCGGGCGGGAGAUGCGGUAGUGCCGGCGGCGGUGGCGUCGGUGCCGCGGCAGGUGCACAAGAGCCUGGAGGCGGAGCAGGUGGCGGCGGGGUGGCCGUCGUGGCUCGCGUCCGUCGCCAGCGAGGCCAUCAAGGGCUGGGUGCCGCGCCGCGCCGACUCCUUCGAGAAACUCGACAAGAUCGGGCAGGGCACGUACAGCAACGUGUACAAGGCGCGCGACCUGGAGAGCGGGCGGCUGGUGGCGCUGAAGAAGGUGCGGUUCGACAACCUGGAGCCGGAGAGCGUGCGCUUCAUGGCGCGCGAGAUCGAGGUGCUGCGGCGCCUCGACCACCCGAACGUGAUCCGCCUGGAGGGGCUGGUGACAUCGCGCAUGAGCUGCAGCCUGUACCUCGUCUUCGAGUACAUGGAGCACGACCUCGCCGGCCUCGCCGCCUGCCCCGGCAUCUCCUUCACCGAGGCGCAGGUGAAGUGUUACAUGCAGCAGCUGGUGGCGGGGUUGGAGCACUGCCACACGCACGGCGUGCUGCACCGCGACAUCAAGGGCAGCAACCUGCUGCUGGACAACACGGGGUCGCUCAAGAUCGCCGACUUCGGCCUCGCCACCUUCUACCGCCCCGAGCAGAACGUGCCGCUCACCAGCCGCGUCGUCACGCUCUGGUACCGCCCGCCCGAGCUGCUGCUGGGCGCCACCACGUACGGCGUCGGCGUGGACCUCUGGAGCAGCGGCUGCAUCCUCGCCGAGCUGCUCGCCGGGAAGCCCAUCAUGCCCGGCCGCACCGAGGUGGAGCAGCUGCACAAGAUAUUCAAGCUGUGCGGGUCGCCCAGCGAGGAGUACUGGCGCCGCUCCAAGCUGCCGCACGCGACGAUCUUCAAGCCGACGCAGCCGUACAAGCGCGCGCUGAGGGAGCUGUUCAAGGACUUCCCCGCCACGGCGCUCAACCUGCUCGACGUGCUGCUCUCCAUCGAACCCGCCGACCGCGGCUCCGCCACCUCCGCGCUCGCGCACGAGGUGAGAAGAGGGGGAAAUGGGCGCGCACGAGGUGAGGCGAGGGGUGCACGAGGUGAGGCGAGGGGUGCACGAGGCUUGAGCGAUCGCUGCUGCCUGCGCCGUGCCCCCCUUCCUUCACCCCCACAAGCUUCCCGUCCUUCCACCCCUCUGCUUUCCCCUUCAUGUGCCGCCCUUCUCCCCCUCAUGCUCUCUUGCUUCCCCCUCACUCAUCCCCUUCCCCCUUCUCCCCCCUCCUCCCCCUCUCCCUCGUGCCCGGCAGUUUUUCACAACGAAGCCGCUGCCAUGCGACCCGGCGAGUCUACCGCAGUACCCGCCCAGCAAGGAGUACGACGCCAAGCUGCGCGACGAAGAGGCCCGCAGGUCAUCCCUCCCCGCCCCUCCCCUCCUUCCCCUCCCCGCCUUUACCCGCGUCUCCUCUUCCCUCUUGCCCCUUCCCGCCCCUCCCCUCCUUCCCCUCCCCGCCUUUACCCGCGUCUCCUCUUCCCUCUUGCCCCUUCCCGCCCCUCCCCUCCUUCCCCUUCCCGCCUUUACCCGCGUCUCCUCUUUCCUCUUGCCCCUCCCCGCCCCUCUCCGCCCCUCCCAGCCCCUCACAUCGCCCCCCCUUCCCGCUCCUUGCUCGCUCCCUUGCACUUCGCGCACGUGUGUGUGUUUUCGCGUCCAGCAAUCAAUGCUGUGCUGCCUGUCGCCUACUUGCUCUCAUUUGCGCGCACCGUUCAACCCUGUAGCGUGCAUGACUCCCCCUCAACCUCUGUCACCGUGCAUCCCGUCCUCUCUGCAUUCCCCUCCCUGUGCGCCGCUGCUGCUCCCUGGUACCUCGUCUGUGCGUGCUUCACUGCCGUGCCAUCGCUGCUGCCACGGGGUGGAUACAGCACCCCGUAUGUGCCGGUGGGCCACCUCUUCCACGCCCACUCCCUCACCACCUGCCACACUCAAUUCUCCCCAUUGAAACAGUUUCCUCCAUGCUCUCGUCCUCCUUUCCUCAUUCCCUCCCCUCUUCCCCCUCUUUCCCUUCCUUCCCCCCUCCCCCCCUCACAGAAGGCGGCGGGGGGAAAGGCGGCGAUAGCGAAGAGCAAGAGUGAGAAGUUCAUCAGUCCCGCGGAGAUGGCGCUGGCAGCGGGCCUGCAGGGGCUGGGCCCGCACGCGCUCAGCGGCGCCAAGGCCGUCGACACGCCCGACGGGCUCAAGGCGCUCAAACCCGCCGACGCCAACGACAAGCUCAGGGGGGCGGCGGCGGGCGGCAAGAGCUUGUCCGCCACCACGUCGUGGGUGCAGGGGCCCUCCUUCUCCUCUGCGGGUGCCGCCGCUGCUGGCGCCGCAGGGGGCGGGGCCGGGGCGGGGGUGGGGGCAAGGAACGUGAGUGGGGAGGUGGGGAUAGGGGAGAGCAAGCAGGGGGGGCUGGUGCGGACGGGCAGUGCGGGCAGGAGCAAGGGGGGUGUGAACCCCACGAGCCAUGAGCUGUCGGCGGCUGGAGUGGCGGCUGCUGCUGGCGUGGCGGGUGUGGGCGGCAGCAGUGCGGCGGGCACGGGCGCGCCCAAGGACUUUUCAACAGGCUCAUCGCGCGACCUCACUGAGUCGAGAGACGCUGCUCUGCGGAAAGUGCGCGAGCGCGAGAGGGAGCGCGAGAGGGAGAAGGAGGAGAGGGAGAAGCGGGAGCGGGAGAGGGAGCGGGAGCGGGAGAAGCGGGAGUCACGGUCGUCCGAUUUGAGAUUCCACCCCAUGCACAACCAGAUGGUGCAGCAGCUGCACUCGCAGCAGCAACCCGCCCAGCAGCAGCAGCAGCAGCAGCAGCGGCCCAGCAGCGAGCAUGGCUCUCGUGUAUGUGUCGCAUCCCUUCCCUCCUCAUGCGCCCUGCCCUCUCCCCCCCCUUGUCUACUCGAGCAUGAUCCGUGGCGUCAUGCCAGUGUUCUUUCUGUGUUGCAUGCGCCCAACCCACGUGCUCUGCUGCUCCUGCAUGUGAUGCCUGUCAUGCUGGGUGCGUGUGCUCUACCGCCUUACCACGGCGCUGCUCUCAACAGCAGCAGCACCAAGGCCCGCCUGCACAAGACCCGGUCAGGGGAGUUGUCACAUCUGCCCGGUAAAUCCGAGAGUAAAUCGCGAAACAGCUCGAUGGACGAGAGGCAUCGGCGUGAGGUAGAGGCGCUGUUUGCAUCGGCGUCCAUGUCCGGCGUCCUGCCGGGCGGGCUGCUGGGGAGCGGGGGGGAUGGGGAUAGGGGCAGGGAGAAGGGGAGGGAGCGCGAGCAGCAGCGGCCGAGCAGCAGCGGGGGGCACGGUGGGGGCAGCAGCGGGGGGCACGGUGGGGGCAGCAGCGGGGGGCACGGUGGGGGCAGCAGUGGGGGGCAUGGUGGGGGCAGCAGUGGGCCGAUGCGCAUGUCGACACGCAAGGCGGGGGGAGCGGGGCAGGCGGAGAAGAGCAAGGUGGACCAGAAGACGUGGAUGCUCAUGGGCGCCAAGGGCGAGCUUCCUCCCGGCGUCGCUGCUGCGCUGGCUGCCACGCGCGGGGAGGGCCACAGCCACUCACUCAACGCCGUCGCCAGCACUAGCAGCCUUGAGCGAGGAGGCGGGGGUGGAGGAGGGGGAGGGGGAGGGGAGGACCGAGCGGUGGUGCGCAGCAGCAGCAGCGGGGGGCGUGGUGUGGCGGUGGAGGUGAGUCCGCGGGGGCGGCCCGUGUCCACGUUCGCCGUGGAGUUCAGCCCGCGCCGCGCCAGCCCCAGGCGGCCUGGCAGUGGCACCGGCAGCAGUGCGGGCGGCAUGCGCGGGGCGGCGGCGGAGGGCAGUCCGCGGCGGCGGUGGUCGCCCAUGCGAGAGGGGUCGCCGCGGGGGGCUGCCCGGCCCAAGCGCAGCGUGGUGGGCGUGUCACCGUCGCGAAGCGGGGGCAGCAGCGCCGGGGGCAGCGGGGGGAGCAGUGCGCACAGACGACGGCCGUCGGGGGGCAGUGGGGGAGGGGGAGAGUCGCAGCAUGUGGGUUUGGAGGGGGGUGUGGUGCGUCCAGGUGUGGGCGCAGAUGUGAAGGUGGCAGCGGUGUCAACCGCCGGCUCGCCCUCGCAGUGCAAGCGGAGGGGGCGCGGUGGCCGUCGGUUCCAUGAGAGCGCACAGCGACCGCCGUGGGCCUCGCAUCCCGCCGCCGGUGCUCCUUCGAGUGCGCGUGCCUCUCGCCACGCGCGCUCUCCGCACCGCCGCACAUUCACUCGCUCCUGCUCGUCUCGCCUUUCUCCCGUGCUGCUGGCCCUCUCUCUACGCCUCUCACCGCCGCCCUCUAACCUGGUCUCCUCCUUGCCGUCUUCCCCCUCCCGUCCUGCUCUUCCUUUCCCUCCUCUCCCCUCCCCCUCUCCCCCCAAUAUGCGAGUGCUUCGCAGUGCGCAUGGCUGGGGCACCCGGAGCGGGACAGGUGCGGGGCAUCGACUGAUGGCAGGCGCGGUCAGGCGCGUGUCGUUCCUCGUAACCUCGCGGCUCUCAGCGCGGCUCGCAACACAUCGGGUGCCAAUGCUCGCGUGCAAAGCACCGCAUGGCGGCGGACAUGCGCAGCACGACACGAGUCACGCGAGGCUGUGCCAUGCGAGUUGUCGACAGCCCCUGGCACUCGGUGGCACUUGGUGCAAGUGGAGUGUGAUGUGA